AUGAAGCUCCACAUCCUUGGCUGGCUUGUUUUUGGUAUUCAGACAGAAAUCUCAGCUGUACUGAGACUACAAGGCACGGAGAACAAGCAGCUCAACAUCACCUGCACGCAUUCGUGGGCCACGACGAACGUCAAGUACUUCUGCAGGCAGCUCUGUGGCGACGGGGACGUCCUCGUCCGGUCCGCGGGGGUCCUGAAGAGAGCGCAGAAGGGACGGUACUCUCUGUUCGACGGCGGAGGGCGGUUCACGGUCGGCAUCGACGGGCUGAUGAAGUCUGACGGAGGACGGUACUGGUGUGGGGUGGAGAGGGUGGGCAUGGACACGUUUGAAGAAGUCUUUAUUAACGUGCUGGAUGCCCCACUGGGACCUGAAACCCCCGAAGUGAAACCAUCUCUGUUCACGACCCUCGGCAACAAGACUCCUACGCCCAGGAACGGAAACCUGCCAAUCUCAGCUAAAGACGGGGCAAAACUUGGCUCACAUUACCAGCACGUACCACCUGCAGGACAACCAAAGAUCCAGGACACGAUGAGAUAAGCAGCUCAUCCAGAGACCAAACACCAGAGGCAGGUCCGAUCUACCAGAACCUUGAGCCCAGUCUCGUCCACUCUGAUCC